UGGAGAGGUACACAGGGAGAGAUACGAGUGGGGGAAAACCAUACCGACGACAACACGCGAGAACUUUUCCCACUUUUAGGCCAUUCCCACGCCAACGAGUUCAGCCAAACCGCAUACUGAAGUCCCGUGGACUGAAUCGAGAGGGUUUUGUGCGCAGACCGGAGGCGCGCUCCCCGCGAGUCUGUUGAUUAACAACGUGGAAGAUUAACGCAACGCGGCCGAGACGCGCGUAUGCUCACACACUUCGGGACUAUUGUGCUGGGAGCUAAGGCUCUGGGGGAAACCAAUAUCAGAUUUUGUGCAUGGAAGACUUUGAAAAUACGCGAAAGUGUGCGGAUAUUUCAUUUCGUGGCUGGUCCGAAAGAAGAAACGAACGUUUUGGUGUACGCAUGUGUAUAGUAGAUGUCCAUUUUCCGACGCGUCUUGAAGGGCGAGCUGUCUCUACAUCAGGAACAUUUGGCAUUGCGUGAAACGACCUGUGGAAUAAGGCCUGUUUAUUUGCACCUGUUCUCGGAGGCAUUACACAUCUGACACAUUUUUGAAGAUUUUGGGAAACUCCUUUGAUCCUCUGAGCAGUGGAAAUAUUAUUUGUGCAUUUACGACUGAGAUACCCACUCUGGGCUUUUAUUAUUUAAUAUCCAAAUUCUGUAACAGUUACCCUUCAAAUCAGGGUUAUGAAAGAAUCGCAAGGGGCUGUACCCUUGGGGGUACCCCUUUCUUAGAAGUGUGGAUUUAACGUUAUAUAGUAGAAUGCAUACAAUUGAUUUCACAUCUACUGACAGCGAAAUGAUGCAUCGCAACAAUAGUUGAAAAUGACUCUUAUUUGUUUACGCAAGAUCGCGUUAUUUAAUAGUGAAUACGGCCAUGCUGUGUAGCAGACACUACUUGGACUGGACAUUAUCUAAGUGAAGCACGCCGGACCCCUGGGUCCCCUUCUUAGGGGGUCUCAUUUAAGUUGUCUCUGGGACUGUAAUAAGUAGUUUGUGUCCCUUUGUUUAUCACCGAAACCGAUUUUGAACGCACCAGAGGUGGAUUUGAUUUCCAAAGCAACGGAAAACGUGUCGCGAGGAAUAAUGCGGCUGGACGCCUCUGUGGUUGUUUUGGUCACGCUCGUCUACGUUGUGUGCCAGUGCGGAUCGAUAAAUGGAGAAAUUUGCCCCAGCACGGACAUCCGCAACAGCGCGAGCAACCUGCGCGUCCUCGAGAACUGCACGGUGAUCGAGGGCCACCUGAAAAUCCUGCUGAUGUUUAAGACCAGAAUGGAGGACUUCCGUGGCCUGAGCUUCCCCAAGCUGGUCAUGAUCACAGACUACCUGCUCCUCUUCCGAAUCUACGGCCUGGAGAGCCUCUCCGACCUCUUCCCCAACCUCACCGUCAUACGCGGCAACAAUCUCUUCUUCAACUACGGCCUCGUCAUGUUCGAAAUGCUCCAGCUGAAGGAGAUCGGCCUACACAGCCUGACCAACAUCACGAGGGGAGCAGUGCGCAUCGAGAAGAACCCCGACCUCUGUUACCUGUCCACCCUUGACUGGUCAAAGAUAUUGGACUCGGUGGAGGACAACUUCAUAGUGGCCAACAAAGACGAUCGCGAGUGCGGAGACGUUUGCCCGGGUACGGUCGCCGGCAGGAUCACCUGCAUGCAGACCACCAUCAACGGGAAUUUUGGCGAUCGUUGUUGGAACCAGGAUCAUUGCCAGAAAAUGUGCCCUUCCGAAUGCAAGCAUGGUGCCUGUACUCCCUACAAGGAGUGCUGUCAUGACCAGUGUUUGGGCGGCUGUGCCGUGCCGGGAAACGCAACCAAAUGCGUGGCCUGUCGCAACUUCCUGUUUGAAGACACCUGCGUGGACCGUUGCCCCCCAGGCUACUACACGUUCAAGGGAUGGCAAUGCGUGUCCUUUAAGUUCUGCGAGGACCUCCACAAUCAGUGCAGAGACAAGAGUGGCGAUUGCCACGAGUACGUCAUUCACAACGGGGCAUGUAUCCCAGAAUGCCCAUCUGGAUACACCACCAUGAAUUCCACCUCGUUGAAUUGUACACCGUGUGCUGGUCGCUGUCCCAAACUGUGUACGGGAUUGAAGGUGGUGGACUCUGUAAUGGCGGCGCAGGCCCUGCGUGGCUGCACGGUGCUCAGCGGCAGUUUGAUCAUCAGAAUCCGAGGAGGAAACAAUAUCGCUGCCGAGCUGGAGUCCAGUUUGGGUCAGCUAGAGGAGAUCAUGGGGUACCUGAGCAUCCGCAGGGCGUACGCCCUCGUGUCUCUCUCCUUCCUCCGCAAGCUUCGGGUCAUCCGUGGAGAAGCCCAGGAACCCGGAAACUAUUCCUUCUACGCCCUGGACAACCCUAACCUGAGACAACUGUGGGACUGGUCCAAACACAACUUGAAAAUCUUGCAAGGCCGGAUGUUCUUCCUCCACAACGCCAAACUCUGCAAAUCUGAGAUCCUUAGGAUGGAAGAGAUCACCGGGACAAAAGACAGGUUCCCCAAAAAUGAUAUAAACAUCCCCACGUACGGAGACCAAGCGUUCUGUGAAAAUAAAGUUCUCAACUUUACUCUAACCCGCACGUCCCACGACAAGAUCCUCCUUAGGUGGAAGGCAUUCUGGCCACCGGACUUCAGAGAUUUGCUGGGGUUCAUGGUGUUUUAUAAAGAAGCGCCUUACAGGAACGUAACUGAAUUUGACGGACAGGACGCUUGUGGAUCCAACAGUUGGGCCAUCGCUGACGUGGAGCCUCCGCAACGCUCCAAUGAGGGCAAUGCGCAGAAAGAGCCGGGCCUUCUCAUCAUGUCUCUCAAACCCUGGACCCAGUAUGCCAUCAUGGUCAAAACACAGCUCGCUGCCUCUGACGACCACCAGCUCCGCGGGGCCAAGAGCGACAUCAUCUACGUCCGCACCAAUGCGACCCGACCCUCUGUACCUCUGGACCCCAAUUCCUCCUCCAACUCCUCCUCCCAGAUCAUUCUCAAGUGGAAGCCGCCCUCCGAUCCCAACGGCAACAUCACCCACUACCUGGUCGUAUGCCACAAACAGGAAGAAGACAGCGAGCUUUACAAGUUCGACUAUUGCCAGCAAGGUAUGAAAGUACCGUCACGUACACCCACCCAAUUCGAAAACGAGGAGGAAGAGAAUUGGAACCAAACGAAAGUGCCCGGCAUGACCGGCCGAUGCUGUAUGUGCCCUAAAACGGAGACGCAGCUGAAGAAAGAAGCAGAAGAGACGGAGUUCCGCAAGACCUUCGAGAACUACCUCCACAAUGAAGUCUUCGAACCAAAACCCAACCGACGUCGGCGCUCAGUGGGCGUGGCCAAUGCCACCAUGCCGAAUUUCCCAGAAACACCCUCCAGCAUGCCCAACUGUUCCACCACACAGAACCCGGAAGAGAAAAUUAGACGCUUGGUCAGUGCCAAAGAGUCCACCGUCAUCUUCAACCUCCUCCACUUCACCAGCUAUCAGAUCGAGAUCCAAGCAUGCAACCAUCCCAGUGAACCCAACCGCUGCAGCUUGCCUACAUUAGUCAGCGCCCGCACUUUGCCCGAAGCGAAAGCAGAUGACAUCGUGGAGCCAGUGACGCAUGAAAUGCUUCCAGACGAACCAGAGUUUGUCUAUAUCAAAUGGCAGGAACCGAAAGCGCCCAACGGAAUGAUCAUACUGUAUGAAGUCAAGUAUAUCAGGAUGUCCGAUAACUACGAGGAUCAAAUAUGCGUGUCCAGAAUCACUUACGAGAAGAACCACGGAUGUCGAUUACGUGUAGGGCAUCCUGGUAAUUACAGCGUGAGAAUCCGCGCUACCUCGCUGGCCGGCAACGGCUCCUGGACCGAACCCGCAUACUUCUUUGUUCCAAACCGGGACACGAAUAUGAAAAUCAUCAUCGGUCCAGUCAUCGUCAUCAUCGUACUGCUGUUUCUGGCCAGCACAGUCUUUAUUGUUCUUAGGAAGAAACAAACUGAAGGACCGACUGGCCCCUUAAUUGCAUCCUCGAACCCAGAGUAUUUAAGUGCAAAUGAUGUUUAUAUUCCAGAUGAGUGGGAGGUGCCUCGCGAGAAGAUCAGCAUCCUUCGAGAGCUCGGCCAAGGCUCUUUCGGAAUGGUUUACGAAGGCUUUGCCAAGGACAUCGUGAAGGGCGAGCCCGACACUCAGGUGGCCGUGAAGACUGUCAACGAGUCGGCGAGCCUCCGCGAGAGGAUCGAGUUCCUCAACGAAGCGUCCGUCAUGAAAGGUUUCAACUGCCAUCACGUGGUACGUUUGCUGGGCGUGGUGUCUAAGGGGCAGCCGACGUUGGUCGUCAUGGAACUGAUGACCCACGGAGAUCUGAAAAGCUUUUUGCGUAGCCUCAGACCUGAUGCUGAGAACAAUCCAGGACGUCCACCGCCCACCUUGAAGGAGAUUAUCCAGGUGGCAGCUGAGAUAGCAGACGGCAUGGCUUACCUCAACGCUAAAAAGUUUGUGCACCGAGACCUCGCAGCCAGAAACUGCAUGGUGGCCGAAGAUCUUACUGUGAAAAUUGGAGAUUUCGGCAUGACCCGAGACAUUUACGAGACCGAUUACUAUCGUAAAGGUGGGAAGGGGCUUCUGCCCGUAAGAUGGAUGGCGCCAGAGUCGCUCAAAGACGGCGUUUUUACCGCUCAUUCAGACUGCUGGUCUUUCGGUGUUGUGUUAUGGGAGAUCAGCACACUUGCCGAGCAGCCUUACCAAGGUUUGUCCAACGAGCAGGUCCUCAAAUUCGUCAUGGAUGGAGGAUACUUGGAGAAACCAGAAAACUGUCCCGAGAGGAUGCACAACCUCAUGCAGAUGUGCUGGCAGUACAACCCCAAGAUGCGUCCCACCUUCUAUGAGAUCAUCGAGAUGAUCAAGGAGGACCUGCAUCCAAGCUUCCAGGAAGUCUCCUUCUUCUACAGCGAGGAGAACAAAAUUCCGGAGAGCGAGGACUUCGACAUGGACUUCGAGAACAUGGAAAGCAUUCCACUGGACCCGUCAUCCUGCUCGCAACGGGAGGAGAGCCUCUGCAGAGACAACAGCCCCUCCGUGGGCCUGCGGGGCCAGUACGAGGAGCACGUGCCCUACGCGCACAUGAACGGUGGCAAAAACGGACGCAUUUUGUCUUUGCCCCGAUCCAGUCCGUCCUAACGUUUGCCGCCUUCGUUUUUAAGAAGGACAUUUUAUUUUUGCAGAGGCCCUUAAAAAGAUAUAAAUCUCAGGUCUUUUUUUGUUGUCGUUUCAUUCUCAUCAGUACACUAGCGUGGAUGCAGACUUUUCCUCAGGGACGGGGAUUAGAGACUGUGAACGUUACUACAUCAACCAGAAAGCUGCUUCAGCUACAUCACCUCGGAACUUCCUGUUCCCUCGGAUGCUUAUUUCCUGUUCCUGUUUGUUUUUCGCGUUUCAAUGGGAAUCUUUCACGAUAGUGGCCUUUUAUUAAGUGGCCUAUACAGUGCGUGAUCGCUUCCUAAGAAAAUGACUUCAGUGUGGAACUACGCAAUGGCAUAUAUUCUUUCUUGUUUCGUAAAGGAGUUAUUUUGUCUUGACUUCACCCUGAUGAUGUUUGCGUUCCACUGAAUGAAUUUUAAUUUAUUUGCUUGGUUUUUGAUUUCCCUGAGCUUUUUAAUCCUGUGUCCUUUUUACCAGCUGAAGGAUAUUUAACAGUUACGAAUCGGACAAGAGUUCUUCAGACUGACCAAUAGCUGCUGCUCUGAUAUAUAGUGGGUAUUUUAUAUAUAUAUAUAUAGACACAAAUAUAUAUAUAUAAAAUAUCGUUCGGUAUCAGUAUUUUAAAUGUUCACAACUUUUGUAUAUAAUUCUAAUGUCUUUUUCUAAGGUUUUUCAUCAGAGGCUAUGCUUAUACAAUAUUUUUUUGCAAAUAAUGUUUUUUAAUAAGCUGUUUUUUUAUGUCUAACCAAAAAACUGCAUCGCAAAUGUCGACUCACAGUGAUUUUCCAACAUACAGAGGGGAGCAUUUUUGGGAAUUCAAAAAUUCUAAUCAAUGUUAAAAAUGAAAAAUAUAUAUAGAUAUGUUUCCUCAAACGAAGACAAAUUAGUUUCUUAUGAUUUAAAUUCAAAAUUUUAUCCUUGGUAUUCUGUCUGUUAUAAAGAAGGUUUUGAGAAGGUUUUGAUGGUGUUCGUGUGAUAUAAAAGGCUGUCUUUGGCGCGUUACAGGAGUAAGAUAAAGUGGAGCACAGACAGGUUUUUACGGCCUAUUUUGUUACACCUGUAGUGCUGGCCAGCGAAGGAAAUCAGAAUGUGUUUACUUUGCGUUGCAUAUCGAAUAUAAACACAAAUUGGACGAUUUUUCUAUCAGACCUUGUCAUUCCUUUAAGUUAAUCCUGAUCCAAAUAUAGCUCCGAGGACCUUUAUCAAAACUUGAGUGUUCUUAGCAUACGGCUUUGUGGAACGCCGGCCCUUUUUGCAUCUGCAGCAAAUGGCCUGCACAUUUUAGUUUGGAAUAAGGGAAAUCUUUGAAGAUCAAGUAAGAAAAAAACUUCUCCCUGUCAGGAUGACUGCGCGAUUUCUCUUUCUUCACGGUCGACUGUUUUCGAAAAAACAAACGUUCAAUAUCUCCACUUCGUGCCUUCUCUGAUGGCAACAGUUGGGUGACUUUUUUUACUGGAUUCUCUUCGUCCGUCAUCCAGAAAUGCGCACAUUUCUCGUACAGUAUGUGCGUGUAUAUAUGUUUAUGUUUGUUUAUUUAUUCAUGGCUGGGAGACAGAACAAGGAUAAAAUCAAUGCUUACAGAUUUCAACCGUUUCACCAUUUCACACCUGUUUAUUCUGAUAACCUGAUACAAAUGUUUCCUUUCUAUAUCUUCUUGGCUUUACGUUUGACAUGUAGAUAGCAGAAAGGAAUGAAAAAAUGAACUAGCUCUUCAUUCGCCGCUACGAAGAAAUAUCGUUUUUGCGAAAAUUAGUUUUCUUUUGCUGUAGCUCUCAACAGACAUCUAGACCUAAGUCACAAGACCUUUGAAAAGGCAGAUAUUAAUAUUUUAUUUAUUUAAUGAUCCUCAUAAUUAUGUAAAUCCCAGCUAGAUUUUAUUUAAAUACUUUGAGGCGGGUAAAACUUAAGUCAAUUUAGUUGUUUUUUUGAGACAGCUGGAGAGGUUAAAGAGGCAGGGGAUUUAUUAGUACUUAUAUCUUUCUGUUGGUUGUUCGGACACAGUCUACCUCAGUAUUUUGUUAGAAAUGUAUCAGAGCCGAGUUGCAUCUCUUUGUGGUUAUUACAGUUUUUCGACCGAUUUCUUAGACUUGCAAUCCCCAAAUCGGUUGUUCUCUCAAUUCCCUCCCCAAAAAACAAAUCACUGUUUCCCCUUUUGUUUUUAUUUCUCUUUUUCUUCUGCUUUGGGAAGCUUUGAACCCAAAGAUUCACUUUGACGGGUCCUUUUUUGAUUAAAAAAAAAACGCAGAGCCAUUUUUUCGAUUAAGUUAAACGAUUGUUACGAAAUUCUUUAGUGUUACAAUGGCAUAAAAUUUGCCUAUAUUUAUAUCGUAGGGUGUGUUUUUAUUGUAUGGCACACCGUUUGGCUCUGUAACGCUGAUCAGGUAUUAUGAGGUAUUAUUUCCUCAUCUAUAAAAAAGCACUUAUUUAAAUACAAAAAUGAUCUUUAUUAAAAGCCACUUAAGUCGAUAAUGUCCAUAAUGUUUUUGGAUUAAAGCUGAACAUUAUAGGAAAUUAACUUCAAUUCACUACUGAAUCACAACAACUCAAAAGCUCCCAUUAAACCGAAGUUGUGUUU